AUGUCCAAAACAAAUCGACAGGGUGAUAAAGUACAAUUACGCAGUUCCUCAAAAUCUCGUAAGCAACAACAACCGGACAAUGCCCUAGUUUUGUCAGCUAAGCCUACUACUUCACAAAGUGAUCAGGAAUUUGACAACAAUGCUGCGGCGCUGCCCCAGUAUGCGACGCUACAGUGCAAUCUUACACCUAUGGUGAAGACAAAGCCACUUGUGCCUGGACACCCAAAGGCUGAAAAGGCUUCUGGCCGCAUUGUAAAUGGCGCCCCAGCCUCACUCGGCCAGUUUCCACACCAGGCGUCCAUCGUCAUGGAUAACUCCUACAUGUGUGGCGGGUCGCUGAUCUCCGCCUCUGUCGUCCUAACAGCGGGGCACUGCGCCUCCGGGUUCAGCACGUGGGAGGUGAGACUUGGACUCACCAGUCUAAGCAUUAUUGAGCCUAGCCGCGUGACCAUCGUUACCAGGUCGGCGACGGUGCACUCCGAAUACAACCCCAACAACCUCUACAACGACAUCGCCGUCGUCUUCCUGGGUGCCAACGUCCCAAUCAACACUUACAUCGGACUGGUGAACCUGCCUUCUCGCUCACAGGCGGGCAACAGCUUCGAAGGCCAGACCGCUACGGUCAGCGGCGUUUGA